AUGAUUCAGAUUGAAAUGUUGAUUUUCGUUACCUUGAAUGAUCACGAAGAUAAAUCUCACGAUUCCUUGAAGUUGGUAUUUGAAGAUGAGGCGACAAUCGAGCAGCUUCAAGAUAGAAUUCUCUCUAAUUUCCGAGUUGCGAUAGAUUGCCAACGGAUAUUCGAUGGCAAUGCUCGUCGCAUUGAUAUGUUAACUGGUUCAUUGAAAAAUGCAGGAAUUCAAAAUGCUGAUACGUUGAUUGUGAAACAUGCAGACCUUCCAUGGUGGAACCUGUACAAAGACUGUGUUGAGCAAGUGUUACAGCGGUGCUCGAACAAAGUUGAAAUCGCAAAGGAGGCUGUUCAACAUCAUGAACUUUUAACCGAAAGCGGAUUCUUCAAGGUCUACGUCCAAUUCAACACCUUUCGCAGAAAAAAUCAUACUAAAGUCGCUGCUUGGACUGAUGGUGACGUGGGAUUGAUUCGUAAAGCGACGGAGGAGUAUUUCCACAAUCUCCAUGAUCAGAGCAGAGGAAACAAAGAUUCCAAAUUCACUUGUUAUUUUGAAGAACGAGACGAGGACUUAGGAGGAAGACCAACAAACACACUUGCGUUUGUCCAGAUUCAUGGAGAAGACUCUAUUACAAAAUACAAUGUAAAGUGCCACCAUUAUGGCCCAAAAGGUUUGAGCUCAGGCCAGGUGCCGGACGUCUCCGAAUUCUUCUGCUAUAAAUUAUUAGCAUUAAUCGGUGUCGGCCCCGAAUCUCAUAUUAUUCCUCCUUCCAUAUCGACUGGAACCAAAACGAGCACAUACAUUGCUACUCGAUGGGACGACAGAUUUGAACUCCUUGAAAACGUUAUUGAUGAGAACAGCCUUAGCGCGGACGUCGUUGUCCAAUUAGUUAUGCUAAGAGUGCUCCUAUUCAUUUCUGAUUUACAUGAACAGAACUGCGGAAGGUGGAAAGGAACGCAGAGCGCAGCAAUAGUUGAUUUUGCCCCGACAGGCGAUUUCCAGGUUUAUGAAGAUAUCAAAAGCAGACUAAUCACAACUUUUCCACACAAUGGAUGGAAGAGACAAUAUUCUGAUGUGAAAAAUCAACACGACGACAAAUCGUGGUUGAACAUCGCAAAAGUUUAUCUGGAUAAAUGGGAUCUCUCAAACAAGAUCGAAUUGGCUCGUGAACAGUUUGACCCAACUAAAGGCAUCCUUAAAGCUUUGGAAAUUGGCUUUAAAAAACGGCAUUUUCGGGUUAGCCCUACCGACCAACUGAACGAGUACAUCGACACAUUGCACAAAAAUCUGGAGCAUCUUCAGACUCUUUUAAAUUCUGUUAUUUAG